AUACAUUUUUUUACUUUCACCUUACAACUAUGUUUGAAGACUACUGCUCAUCUCAUGGUAAACAGUGCAUACCUGGCUCCAUCUACUGCAGUGAGGAAUGCCGAAUUCAAGACUGGGAAGAAAAUUUCCACUUUGAAUCUGAUAGCGAACCAGAAGAUGCUCAACCUGAAAGACCAGCACAAUACUCUUUGAUGUAUGAAUGUCCGGUCUGUCAGUCAACCACCGCAUGUGUUCAUUACAACUUGCAUCUAAAUAACAACAUUAUUCUUGACACCUUAAAAGAUAUAGAAGUGUCGUCCAACAUGGACUCCAACUACAUCAAGUCGAAUUACUAUAAAUGGUUAAUCAAUUCAGCAGCUGUUCAUUGAAACGUUCGAUUUCACUUUCUUGCAUUAUGACCCAAACGUACCCUUUAGCAUCAGCAUAUCAUGACUCAAAAGUCCUUCAUUUCAAUUUCAUGCCUUAAAGAUGCUUGCUAUUGAUUUCUUAUGAAAAAAAUUAUAUAUUAUAUAGCUGCUGCAAAUACAUUAUUGUAUGCGUAUGGUUCUAUGCUUUGUACUUGGACUUGACUUUAGUUGUCAAGUCGAUCAAUUGUUGUAGGUUCUUUGGUAAAACCUUUCCGUGUGGUCUGACGAACUUCUUAGGAGUACCAAAAGGCGUGCUCUCUUCGAUAAUUUCCUGGCCGAACCCACCGAGAAUUGACAUGUUUGAAUGGUUUCCAACUUGGGUUAUAUUGCUUGUAUCUAGAAUAUUGGACGCUGCUGAAAACAGCUGAUUGUUAAUGGACCGGUUGAUCAACAGUUGGUUGGUAUUAAUGG